AUGGAUAUAAUUACCUCAGAAGUACUGGAUAUCCAGCACCAUCGUACAGUACCUUGAACAGGAGGAUUAGGGACAUAAAAAUUAAUUUCGGCAUUUUAGAAAAUUUGUUUUUUUUCCUCAAGACAAAAGUUCAUUCAUUGGAUGCUCUUGAUAGGAACUGCUGCCUUUUAGUUGACGAAAUGGAAAUAGCUUCAUAUCAAGAUUUUGAUACAUCGUCUAAGUCAUUCAUUGGAAAUGUUACGUUAGGAAGCUAAGCAUUACACUAUUGUAAUGCUUAGAGGCCUUAAAACAUCAUGGAAACAGAUUGUUGCCAAUGAAUUAACAGGGCCUUCAACAUCAGGUUCUGACAUGAAAGAUCUAAUUCAUAGAACUGUAGUAGCAGCUACAGAAAUAGGUUUAACUGUAAGAGCCUCUGUUUCAGAUAUGGGAAGCAAUAACAGAGCAAUGUGGUCGUCAUUGGAUGUGUCUGUCUCUCUGCUGCUAUUGAAAAAGCAGGUUAUUUUACACCAAGUUGCAAAAGAAGCAUUAACUUCUGCAUGGUGGCUGAGACUUGUAGCAGAAUGGUUUACAAUUAUGACUACAAGGCAUCCAAAAAAAGGCAUCACUAUCAAAAAUCAAGAUGAGAAAUUUAAUAUUUUAUUGAAAUUCAUUCAUGUGACUGAAACUGUUCAGUUUGGGAAAGCAUGGAAGCCAUUUCAAACUGGCAUUAUUAUGAGCACAUUGAGUGUUGUGAAACUCUCAAAAGAAUUAUUUUCCGAGGGGUUUACAUUUUUCUUACCAGGCAGGUUGACACAAGAUGCGCUGGAAAAUGCCUUUUCACAGAUUAGACGAAAGUUGGGUGCAAAGCCUACUGCUUUGCAAGCCAAGAGAGCACUGAAAUUAGUGUGCCUAUCACAGUUCAUUUCAGAUAUCAAUAAUCCAAAUUAUUGUUCUGAAAGUGACCACAGCCUCUUUGAUGCUUCUGAAUUAGAGGUUGCUAUCAGAAAGGAGGUCUUGCAUCCUAUCUCCAAUUCUGUAGUGCCAUCUACCUCUUCUGCAGUGGCAGUGAAACGUCGCUUGCCCCCAGCUGUGGAAGAAAAUGAUAUACAUUACAUCGCAGGAGCCAUAUAUAAUAAGUUGUUGAAAAAAAAAAGCAUAUGUGAAAAUUGUAAAACAGCUAUGACCAUUUCAGAGGACAUGCUGGAACCUGACAUACCCGAGCAUCGCACAAUUCUUACAAAACAUAGCAAUAAAGGUGGACUGAAGGUCAUCUCUUCAGGAAUGUAUCGAAUAUGUAGGGAAGCUGAACGAGAAUUUCAAAAAUGUAAAGAUGUACUCCUUCGUUUACAAUCAGCCAUCACAAAAGAAUUAGUUGAAAGAAUAAUUGAUAAAUGUACGCAUGUGGCCAUGCCAGAAUGCUGUAAUCUUAAGAAAGUAAUUAUUGAUAAUUUUUUUAUUACUAGAUGCAAAGGCCUUACACAGCAUCUUAUCAACAAAAGAGCCCAUAACGUUUCAUAUUCAUCAGCAUCGGCCAAUAAGAAACAAAAAGUAAAAUAAUUUUAGAAGGCACUUGUGGAUCAUGUCAGACAACAUGCAAUAGAAAAAAGAUGUCCGUGUGCAUAAAUUU